AUGGCGAGCGGGGGUCAACCUCCUCCUCCGUCCAUGCUAAGUAAGACCUGGGCGAACGUUGCGGCUGCGGCCCAACGAAAACCCUCGUCUCCAUUAGUGGAAGACCCUGUUCUCAGCAAGCUAAAAGCCAAUACAACGGAGUUCAUCCGGGUGGAUCAUGAUACCUUAUCUAGGGCAAGGAUGAGGUUCCAGACAGCGCUUUAUGGGAAGUUCUUCGGGAAGUCACCUCCGUUCGAGCAAGUAAAGGAGAUCCUGAGUGAAAAGUGGGCGAAGAUUGGUACUUUCCACAUCUCCGAUUUGCCGAAUGAAUACCUGUUGAUUUGGUGUGAUAAUCAAGAAGCGAUGAAUAGACUGAUGUUUGAGGGUCCGUGGGCGGUCAAUAGCAUCGUUCUGCAGCUGGCUCCUUGGCCACCAUUCUUUGAACCGGCAUUCACAAAACUCUCUACGGUGGCUAUAUGGAUUGACGAUGUUACUUAUUCUUUGUCCAGGUCCAAGUUUGCUAGAAUAUACAUUGAAAUUGACCUUGCAAAGCCUUUGAAGCAAGGAUUCUGGAUUAGAGAUAAUGAACACCGCAUCUUCGUCGUGGCGCUUUACGAGCGACUGCCGACCUUUUGCUAUAAAUGCGGGCAUGUUGGCCAUGGUUCUAACAACUACAACCGCCAGAGCUCUGAAGGUUCGGGACACCCCUCUCCACCCCAUCGCAACGACCUGAAUGGCCAGCAAUAG